AGCAAGGCCACAGCCAGGAACAAAGGAAUGAGUGAUAUUUUUAAAUUGAGCUAUUGGAGUUUGUGGAUUUGUAUGCUAGCAAAGACUUUAACUAUUAGAAAUGUAAGAAUAACAAACAGUAGAUUUAUUGGGAAUGUGUGGGAUGCUUUUUACAAAACAAUUCAUACAUUUUGGGAUGUCAGAAAUUGGUCGCCAAAUUUCCCCGUUUUUCUGAAGGUGUGAGUAGUCCCUUUAUUGUGUUACAAAGACUUGAAAAUGUCACUGUCUUCAAUGACCGGGUCAGUGGAGAUGCAUAUGAACUUGGGACUGGCAAAGAAGAAGGAAAUGGGGAACGCAGUAGCACAAAUUCGUGACGACGCCUCUAAAACUCUCUCCCACUCCAUCGAGGAGAUUUUAAGAAAACCAUCACAACGUGGAGCCACAGAAUUAAAACAGGGACAUUUCGAGGGAGCUGCUAUGCCAUUGAAGUUCAUUGAAGAGCUUACUGAACAGCAGCUGUCCUCACAAGAGCUGGAGAAAGCUCUCUGUGAAGGGAGUGUGUCUAGCCCAGUUAGGAGCAACAGAGGCCAAGACCAAACCAGGCUUCCCAGUGCUGUGUCACAGAAAACAGAAUGGAUGCACCUCCCCACAACCCCCGGAGAGGGACAGGAGCGUCAGAGAGAGAACAGGUUUUGUGGGAUCCAGGGUCACCACCUGGUGUGUCAUUCCCUGCAUGCUUCAGUAGACAAGAAGGGACGUCGCAGAAUACGGACCACCUUUACCCCUGAGCAACUGGAGGAGAUGGAGAAGAUCUUCCAAAUCACUCACUACCCUGAUGUGUACACCAGGGACGAGCUCGCGAGUAAGACCAAACUCCCUGAAGGCAGAGUCCAGAUCUGGUUCCAAAAUCGCCGAGCCAAAUGGAGGAAGCAUGAGAAACUGGGAAACUUUGGGGAGCUGCAGUACAUGACUGAGGUGGACACGGUACCAGCUCCAAGGCCCAGCCCAGGAGGUGAUGGAACGCUGCCCCAUGAACACACGGACAUCUCCUUCCUGCCUGGGUGCAACCUCCUUCCCACAAAGCUCCUGCCUGCUGGGCUACAUCAACAGCACUUCACACCCUACCAUCCCGCCUCUGCCUUCACUGCUCCCUUCCCUCAUGUACUCUUGUGUUACUUGCCUCCGGGACAUCCCUGCAUCUUUCCAAAUCUCCUCCCAACACUGAGGAAGACCCUCAGCUGACAAAAGGCCACAGAGCUCUGAAGACCUCUAAAAAUGUGAAACUAUUCUCAAGUCGGUCUCCUCAGGGUAUUUCUGCAGCACAGGCUAUUUUAUGAAAAAUAAGACUUCUAUGUAGUUGCUUGUUUCUUAUCAUGUACACUUUAUUGGUACUAAACAGAAAGUAUAUGUCAUUUCGCAUUGGAUGUUUUCACAAAAAAUCACAUUGCCAGCACUUUUCUUGCUUUUGUCGGUGUGUCAGCAGUCUUAACUCCAAACCGUGGAUCUAGUAAAAUCCCGUAAAUAGUUACACUGAAUGACUGAUUUUUGAACAAUGCCAAUAAGCAUUCCUCAAUUGAGUUGAAUUACUUGCUGAAAUUCUCUCAAGGUUUAUGUGCCAUGCUGACUAUCCUUACCUUUCUGAGAUAAGAUGGGAUAUGAAAUGGGAGCUGGAGUUAUAAAUGUUGUAAUGUGUUGAGCUUUCUAAUUAUUGCUCAAUGAGUUUAUGGCAUUAUGCAGAUAAGACUGUUCCUUAUUUCAUAAUGAAGGGGUCAUUGGUAGGUCAAAAUGUAAAUAAAAUGUCAGCAAGUUAAAAAAACAGACUGAAGCUCAGUAUACAGUUAGUGCAUACUGUCUUUGAGGUGCUUUUGUAAUAUUAUCAGAGAGUGGUUUUCUAAACUGGCAUCUGAGUUAAAACCACUCAUUUUUUAAAUUUGGGAUUUAGUGUUUUGAUGUAAAACAUAAUACUAACUUGUUCAAAACCCUUCAAAACAUAUAUAGAAAUGCACAUUAAUAAAAAUGCUUUUUAAUAAGUGUUUCCAAAUAAACAAGAUGCUUGGUAAAAAUUGUUGCUGUUAGAAUACUGUACAAGAAAACAAUGUAAAACUGCAAACCAACCGAGGUUUGAAUUAUUUGAAAACAGACACUGGAGAU